AUGGCCCCAGACUCAAAUCUUGAAUCGCUAGAAGGACUUGCUGAUCAUAUAGCUUCUUUCACUGCCAGUUGUGAUGAUGGGAAACUGAUUGACUCGACACCAGGCAUAAAGCCACAACAUGCAUCGAUAUCUCGUAAAAUAUUUGAGAAUGCCACUUUGUUAGUUGCAAAAUUAAAGGAAAAGGUUGGGGAAGACAGUGAGCCGGUUGUCAAAGUCACUGUUUCGUAUCCAGAGUAUAAUUAUGCUUUCACAGUAUCUGGUGACAAGCUUUACGGGGUCAAACGUGCGAAUAGUUAA